UCGUAACGUCUUUUCAAAACUGAAUAUAACAAAUUCAACGUUAACUCCACAUCGUAAUUACUUUUGAGUUUUUAAAAAGUCAAAUCCGCUUGUCUUCUAGAUGAGUCAUAACAUGAGCCGAUAACGAGAUAUUAUAUUUCAUUGAAAUUAAUUCGUUACAAUGCCACCAUAGAUGAGUAUAUUCACGGGGCAAAAGAGGCCAUAUAAAAAUUAUCGAACAAAAAGGUCGCAUACCUCUUCAUCUGCCAGCCAGAAAACCUCACAACAAAAAAAAAAUAUCAAAACCUAUCAAAGUGACGCAGGCUGAAUUUCGCACCUUUUUUUACAAUGCAACAAUAUCUUUAGCAAGAAAUUACUCCCAAUGGAUCAGAACGUGGUGGAUUGUGAACUAGCGGAGCGCGACACAGGGCUGUGCGUCUGCAAGGGGGGACCCACGCUUGAGAUCCUCAAGGACAUACAGCGGCUCUACGAGGAGAAGAUGGAACACAUCGAGAAGGCUUCGGGCCCUACCAAGCUACAGAUGCAAGUGGAGGUGCUUCGCGCGUGGGUGGGGGACCUGGUGGGACAGAACACGUUGCUGGCGCGUGCUGUCGAGGAGCUAGAGACAGAGGCCACCACUAAGUUGUUGGUCGAACGCCGCAGGAACAGCGAGAGAAGUUCGAAGAACAUAGUAUGCGGAAAAGUAUCGGAACUGAAAUUAUUAAACGAGGCCUUACAAAAGGAAAACAUUGCAAAAGACAGAGAAAUAAGACAGUUGAACAAAGACGCCCAGACAUAUGAACAGACGAUCAUGAACCUCAGGAAGGAGAUGUCCAGCUGCAAGUAUCAUACGCCUGAGGUGGCCAAGAAAGAUGCAGAGGUGAUGGCAGGCAUGUGUUGCACGGGGAGAGAGGCGCCCUGUUCGUUCAACGCGCGGACAUCGACUCCCAACGUGAGCGUUGUGCCGCUCGGCACCUGCGCGACAUCUAUACCGAAUGUGUCCGUCAUAGAGAGAUCCACAUCAGCGCCGAUCCUGGCAUCAGACGCGUCGGUAGGCGAUCUCUACCCUACCUUCAAGCUAUGCACUGAAUCCAAGAACUUGUCCCCACGAGCCUCUACCAGUUCCGGCUGUUCCCGUAAGGGGUCUCCCAGGAGUUCCCUCGCUAAGGAGACCAAGGAAUGUAAACGAGACCGAGAUUCCAAGAAGAAGGCUGUGCUGCGGUGCGUUCGGAUACUGUCCGGAGAUACGCCAGAUUCAACAUGUGUUGAACAGUUGUAUUUCAAUGAAGGAGCUAGGAACAGUGGUGCCUCUAGUCCUAGGGGUCACUACACCAGCGAGAACUGCUGCGACUGCUCGAAGGUUAAGGACGAGCCAUCAUGUUGUGGGGGAUGUUCGUCGAAAAAGAAAUCCUCAGGGAAUCAAUGUAGCCGCAAGGUCAUGAAAGACAGUGGCGCCACCUGCAGCCUAGCGGACAGCGCGACGAGCGACGCAAACGCACGCGCCACCUACUAUCAAAACAAACUGUUGGCUACGCAGCAGAUUCUACAAAACAAGGAGGAUAUGAUAGGCGUGCAGGCAGACAGCCUGGCGGUGGCCGAAGAGCGCAUCGCCACACUCAACGAGCGCGCUAAUGAGCUCAAGAGAGAACUAGAAAAGAAGAAUAAGGAGUACUCUGCUCUACGAAAAUCCAUAGAUUGCUGCAAAGUUGAGAAGACUGACGUUUCUUGCUUCACUGACCGGCCGAUGGGUUGCACAUGUGGCUUGAUAGAAGAAAAUAAGAAAUUAAAGGAAGAAAAUGAGGCUCUACGAGUGAAACUAGGCGAAUUUAAAGAGAAAUUGUGUGAGGUAGAGUGUGCUCUCGCCAGCAGGAAGUGUAACGACAUGAAGUAUAAAGCGGACAUUGAGGCCAGAAAUAUAGAAUUGUCGCAAAUCAAAGAGGAGCUGAUGCGAGCGCAGGAGAACUCCAACACCUGUGAAGCCAAGGCCACGCAAAUACGACACAUGCAAGAGUUACUGGAUGACAAGACAGCAGAGAUGUCGGAACUGCGGCAGACGAACGAGUCGCUAGCCAACAAGAUCCAGGAGCUGGAGACUGAGUUGAAGAAAGCAGAUCUGGUCAUCAAGGAGAACUGCAAGAUGCGCAGCGAGGUGUCGUACCUGACGGCGCAGGUGUCGCUGUGGCGCGCGCAGCUGGACGACGCGCAGCGCCGCGCACGCGCUGCUGACGCAGAGCUCGCCGCCGUCAGGGACAACUGCGCUCAUAUUGACGCCUGCUAUCGGCAGAAGGCGGGCGCGGUGACGGAGCUGCGCGAGCACCUGGAGGCGGCGCACGCGCGCGGCACGGCGCUCUGCGGCGAGGCCAGACACGCCGUCUGCGCCGUGAGGCACUGGAUACGACAGCUGCGAGACAAGCACAGAGAACAAGAGAACGUCAUCAAACAGAAAGACUGCAUCAUAAAGGCGUUACAGCGACGUCUAGAGGAGAGACAGAGCGAUACCCAGCCCACGAGUGAGAGCGAGAACGCGGCCAGCUGCUCCAAGUGCCUGUCCAGCAGAGACGAGCACAGCUGCUGCUCCGGGUCGAAGGCGGGGGUGAGGCUGCAGCUGCUGCGAAUGCCCAGAAACAGCGACAUGCCAGGGUGCUCCACCAGCGCAGCGCCCAUACGACUCCUCAAGAAGAGGUUCUGCGCUAGCAAGCGGUGUCCGUCAUGGGUGUGCGACAUGGGCGUGCAGGAGCCGACGCGGCGCGACGCGGGCAGCGACGCCGCCGCGCCCGCCACCUUCUGCCGCAACCACGAGAUGAGGCCGCUCCGCAUCGAACGAAACAGACCCCGUGACACGUCACCUACAGAAGCAGAAGAGCUGCUAGCUCGCGUAGGGAAGCUGGCCGAAGCGCUAGAAGACGGACACCGGCGCUGGACGCGGCGUGACCCCCGGUGACGUCACGCUGACACUCACCAUGUAGUCACUUGUGUUUGAAAUACUAUCUAUAUGAGUCAAACAUGUGGACAUAGAAAAAAUAUUCAUUUCCACAUUGAGAACCUCUUGUUUGGGAAGUCGGUUAAAAAACCUAAGGGAGUAUACGAAUCGAUGUGUUCCUGAAAUCUCAAUAUUUUGGACGCGUAAUAAGCUGCUAUUGUGAAGUUUAAGGGAAGAGAAUGACAAUGAAGAGUUGCUAACAUAAAAAAGUGUAGAUGGUGUUGCCACGUUAAGGCAUUUAUUAGCUUUAUUAUAAAGACUUUUAGUGCAUUUAUUAAUUUUAGUUAUAACAGUAUUAUUUACUAGUCUUAUUUAUAGCUGGUUGUAUUUAUUAAUAACAA